GUCAUGUCCAAACUUGGCUAGAGCAUCGGCUAAGAAGUUGGCUUCUCGAUGAACAUGUCGAAUGGAACGAAUCUGAAGAUGUUGUGCUAGCUAGGUACUUGAUGUCAUGGAUGAUUGAUUUAACGCGCCAGAGGGUUUGAAUUUGCCAGCCAAAGCAUCAAUGAGGAGUUUUGAAUCGCCUUCAAUGUCCAGAGACUGAAAACCAUGGAUCAAAGCCGCAUCAAAGGGAGAGACCCUCCGCAACUAAGAUGUCCACUAAAGGAAGAGAAGUAGAAGCCGCUAAAACGGGAAGACCCUCAGCAUUUCGUUACGUUAGCGAGUUUAGUACACACCCACACAGUCAGUAUUGGGACCGAGGUGGAGAAACAAUAUUUGUUUAUAUACAAGUGGUGAAGUGGGUCACAAACUCACAAUUCUCAGUCCAGGACAGUAGCAACCAGCAAGUCCCAUUUUGAGAAAGAAGACACUGAAAAAUUCCUCCAAGCGAAACCCUGACAGAGUAUGACCCAAGUCGAAGGAGAGGAGGAGCCACAGAACCCUAAUUCCCAAUUUGAAACACUCACCCUAGAAAUGAAGCCUCAACCCGACUCAAACCAAGACAACCCCGACGCCUUCCCCAUCCGAUCUCCUCGGAGCCGGACCGCCAUAACCUUCGCUCGCAAGAAGCGCAAGAAGACGGGCAGGAAUCCGAAAGCCGCUCAGAAGAAGCUGGAGAUUCUGCGCCAAACCCUAAAGCCAAUCCCCUUCGUCCCCUCCAAAACCCUAGACUUCGAGCGCCACGAGGAGCUCCUGAAGCGGCUGGGCUUGUGGGACUUCGUCCACAUCAAGUUCGAUCGGAGCAUUAGGGCUGAUCUCCUCGCCCAAUUGAUCGUCAACUUCAACUCCCAGCAGCGGUGUAGCUACGUCAACGAGCUUAGGAUUCUUGUCAACCGGUCCGAUCUGGGACGCGCAUUGAAGCUUCCGGUGACGCUCAAGUCCAAGAAGAGCGCCGUGGAAGAUGCCGGCGAGGAGCAGCCGCCGGCGUCGGAGGAGUCGAUAGCUUUUCUGGAGGAUUUGGUUUCGAAUUGGAUGCUUUUGCACGGGGAUAUGUGGAUGAUGCCCAGCGAGGUGUUGGGUUAUACCAAAGCAAUCAAAGAAGGUCAGUUUGGGAAGGUGGACUGGGCUGGUUUGGUUUGGUACAUGGUGAAUGAGGAGCUAGGUAAGGCCACGCAGUUGGAGAAUUGUUACUAUGCGUCGCAUUUGCAGCAUUUGAUCAAGUCGCAGAAGGAGGAUUUGUUUUCGGUGAAGCAAGAGUCGAAAGUGGAGAUUGAUUUGAAGGAUGAUGAUGAGGAAGAAGAGGAAGAGGAUGGUGGUGGGGAUGUGAAAAUGGAUGAUGUUCAGGGAGGCAGAUUGGAGGAGAAUGAUAUUAAGUUGUGUCUCGGGCAAGAAAAUGUGACCAAAGUUGAGGUUGAGCACGAAAACUUGGAGAAAGUUGAUGUCGAGCAAGAGAAUGUGGAGAAUGUUGAUGAUGAGCGAGAAGAUGCGGAGAAAGUUGAUGUUGGGAAAGAGAAUGUGGAGAAAGACGAUGUCGGGCAAGAGAAGGUGGAGGAAGUUGAGGCUGAGCAAGAAAAUGUAGAGAAAGUUGAUUCUCAGCAAGGAAAUGCGGAGAAAGUUGACGUUGGAGAAGACAAUGUAGAGAAAGGUUGUGGUGAAACAGAGCGGGUUGAGGUUGAGGUCCAGGAUGAGGAUGUGAUGGAUUUUGAAGAAUUUAAGGAGGCAGAGCCUGCCCAAUGGGUUUUGGCUGGGAAGGACAAUCUAGGUGAGCCUUGUUUGCAGCGGUGUAAUCUCGGUGGUAUUAAUGAUCUUGGUUGUGGGGAUGAGAGAAAUAAAAAUAUGGAGUUGGGAGAAGGAGUAGGUGAAGAAGAACAAGAAGAUGAUGAAAUAGAAGAAGAGGAAGAGGAGGAUGAUGAUCAGGAGGGUGGUUUCCACCUUUUGCCUAAAGGUUUUUCUUUAGAGGGGUUUCCUUCAGGAAAUCUUACUCAGGGUAUGGAUGGUAUGCCACUGCGUGAUCAUUUUGGCAUAGAAUUUCCUUCUCCAAGGGACCUAAUGCUUCCCGGAAGUUCUUCCAUUUAUGGUAAUGGUCCCAAGAGAGAGAUUAACCAUGAGAAUGAUAAUUCUCAUCAUGGUCUCAAUGGUAAUAAGAGGUUGAGGACAGAAGGCUCUUGGGAUAGUAAAAUGUCUGGUGACUUUGAGACAGGUAUGGAUCAAAUACAGCAGUGGAUGGGGAGAGUGGAGGAUAUGCAGCAGUGGAUGGGAAAAGCUAGGAUGAUGUAUGCAGCAAAAGAACAGGAGUGCCAACAAGCUGCAAAUAACCAGCAGUAUUUUAUGCAAGAGUUGCAGAGAAGGGAUGAGAUGAUUGAGCACUUGCAUAAGGCCAGGUUUGAAGAGCAGCAAAAGUUUCAAACAGAGAAGUUUAGGUUUGAGCAUGAGGUCCACUUGAUGAAAAAUCUCUUGGACGGCUAUAGGAAAGCUUUAAAGGCAACACAAAAGGCAUUUGCUGAACAUAGAGCACAUUGUCCACAGGCUGUUGAGCCACUCUACAGGGAUGUUCCGGGAUCCGGGGGCCUUGUUUUAAGCACCACAGAACUGGAAAAGCUACGCAUAAAGCAAGAAGAAGAAGAGAGGAUGAAUAGACUGGCGAUUGAAACGAUGAUUAAGGACUUUGAAGCUGGGUGGAGUAGUGAAUAUGAAGCACACCAAAAGAGUGUUGAAUUAGCUAGUAGCAGGUUGAUGGAUGUUGAGAAGGAAGUGAAACUUCUCAAGGAAGGCCUUUUAAAACAGAGGCUUCCAGAAACACAAGAAUCUCCAAAUGAAUCAUGAGAUGCUCGUGUCUCCCUUUACUUUACCUGUCUAGUCAAGUAGUUCUCUUGCAAGGCGCAAGAAGUUCCUGUUAAAUGUCAGUGAUUUGCUGUUGGAACUGUGUGAGAAGAUUUUGUGGAAACUCUGAUGAGGAGGGUUGAUCUAAACAGACGAAACUUUCCUGUGUGAUUUUUUCUGAUGGAGGGUCCUGCAAAAUGCAAACUAUGCAUCAAAGGCUGGUUUGAUGGAUGCGGAUGCAUUGUAUGGGUUGGCUACUUCUAAUUAAGUGGUAAUAGGCUUAACAGUAGAGGUCAUAUAGUAGCUUAAUAUUAGGAUCCUUCUCCGUAUCGGGAUAUGCUUCUAAAUUCUAAUGUUAACUAGAUGUUUGCUUCCUUGUUGGGCAUCACUUUGCAUGAGAUUAGAAGCAUUAUAUUUGCUAAUGAACUAUGAAAUAUCUUUAGUUUAUAUUAUGCAGUCAGUGAUUUGGUCUUAUCUAUUCUAGCAUACACAGUCGGGAGAUGCUUGGUGAGUCAUUUAUUGUUUUACAUUCAUAUGUAAAGCAGAUACAGCUUUUAUUAGCAAGUUAAACGGUCAACUUUGCUCCAUUGCAGUGUUAAUUCUAAGUUGAUUUGUGUCGUUAUAUGAGAUGAGACUGAUACCCAUUUUCUUGUUUAUUUGUAAGUAUUACAUACCAGUUAUGAACUAAUGACUUGGUAAGUACUGUUGGCCUUUGCUGCUGAAUCCCCUAUCUGGCAUCGAAUUUUCUUGCAGUCACCUCCACUUUAUUGGCACCUGCUUUUUAUAUAUCCUGUUGUAUUGGCAUAUAUGAGACCCAGUUGUCUGUGCAUGCUUCCAUGCAUGCAAUCUAAGUACCGAAUUACUCUUUUUUUGCACCUCACAAGAGAUAUGUUUGAUGUAAAAUGAAUUCUACUUACCUACCUACUGGAGUUAAUCCAUGUAAUUGGGUUAAUAAUUCAGUUACUCAUAA